AUGCACCGCCGGGCCCUAGCAACGCGAGUGCAUCACGAAUCCAUCGGACCGCCGUUGACGAGCUCUUCACCGAGGGGGACAAAUUCUUGUCGAUUCCCCGGAAUCGUUAACCCUAAGACUCCACGACGCCACUCGGCGGCGCCUCAAAGCUGCUCCUUCCCGGGCAUCUCGAUCAGCAAGUGUGUCGAUGAGAUUUACAAAGCCAGGGCGCGUGCUGUUCUCGCAUCGGGAAAAGGAAAUCGAAAGCUAGAGCCUCCGAUGGAGGCGAGAUGCAAGAAAGAAAUAAAUGAAAUGUGCAAAGAGGGCUUUGUCGGCCAUCGCUGCGAGAGCAAGGACGUCACGCAUCCCGUUAAUGUGGAAACUAGAGUAAUUGAAGCGAGAGAAACAUAG